AUGCUCCAGCUUCCCAGUGCACGUGACAGCAGCAACAGCACCACCGACGGUGAGCCGCCAACGGUUCACAUCGACGAGGACCAGGACGAGGAUGUCGAGACAGACUUCCUGCUCGCGGACUUUGACGACGACAGCAGCAGCGACAACAACGACGACACAACAGAUGCAAGCGACACCGAGGCAGGCGCGUUCACAGCAAGCAGCAGUGACGACACCAGCCUCACGGAGCCUGCAACCAUCAAGCAGGCACUCAAGAGCCAGCAACGCAAGCAGUGGACUCAGGCGUGCUUGGAGGAGAUCGGAGCCAUGGAGCGCAACGGCGUCAUCAAGCUCAUCCCACGCAGCGCCGUGCCACGGCAGCACACGCCUCUCAAGUCGCGCUUCGUCUUCAAGGUGAAGCGUGAUGCUGAGGGCGCGCUGACGCGCUUCAAGGCACGCUGGGUCGCCAAGGGCUUCAGCCAGCGACCGGGCAUCGACUUCCACCAGACCUACGCCCCAACACCAGCAGCCAAGACCAUCCUCACUGUGCUCGCCGUCUCCCUGCAACGACAGCACCAGCUGCACCAGCUCGACUUCAAGUCGGCUUACCUGCAGGCUGAUCUCAAGGAGGAGCUGUACAUGGAGCUGCCGCCGCACUUCACCGACAUCGGCGACGGCGCUCAACGCUACGCGGGCAAGGUGUGCCGGCUGCUCAAGCCGCUCUACGGCCUCAAGCAAGCUGGCCGUGCAUGGGCCAAGAAGCUGCACACCUUCCUCAAGACCAACGGAUGGGCGCAGAGCAACGUCGACGCUUGCCUCUUCACCAAGCUCCACGACGACGGACAGCGCACAUGGAUCAUCACGUACGUCGACGACCUCAUCAUCAGCGGCAGCAGCGAGCGCCACAUCCGUGCCUGCAAGCAGCAGAUCAAGGAGAGCUUCGAGGCAGAGGACCUGGGCCCGCUCACCUGGUACCUGGGCCUUCACCUGACGUCACCAGCUGACGGGAUGCUACACAUUGCGCAGACACAGGCCAUCAACGACAUCGUCAACGACUACAACCUGGCAGCGGCAGCCAGCGUGUCCACGCCCAUGCGAUUCAAGAUGGACCUGCCCAAGUUCUCUGGCUCGCCCGGCACCUUUCAUGCGUGGAGCAUUCGCAUGAAGAUGGCGCUCAAGCUCCGCGGCGACGACGUCUGGGCAGCUGUGGAGGCAGGAGCAUCGUCAUCAGGAGGUCCAAGCUCAGCGACACGCUCAAGUGCAAGGAGACCGACAGCAGGAGAUCACGCCAACCUCACCGCUGCAAACCUCAUCGCUGGCCGCUUCCCCUCCCUCCUCGAGCUCAGCAUCAGGCUGCAGCAGCUGGAGCAGCAGAUGCGUGGUUCACGCACACAGCCGCAGGCAGGCGGCCUCAUGGCAAGCGCACCGCCACGCAGAGGCGGAAGGCGCGGCUUCUCCAACAACAGCAACAACCACGGACGCCAGGGACGCAACAAUGGCAACAGCAACGGCAACAGCAACGGCAAGGGGCGCCGCUUCCGUGGCAACUGUCACUACUGUGGCAAGUAUGGACACCGUGCAGCAGAGUGUCGCAAGAAGCAACGCGACAACGGAGCAACAGGCUUCACUGCACAGACACAGCAUCAACAUGGUCAAGACGCAGCAACCUUCGUCGCUGCCACAGCUACUACACCCACGCAGCUGCAUGACCCACUCACGUGGCUUGCAGACACGGGUGCUUCACACCACCUCACCUUCGUCAAGGACGCCUUCGUGGAGCUGACACCGCACCUGCAACAGCACCAUCCACGCCAUAUCACUGCGUUUGGCGGCACACGUGUGCCCGUGCGCGGUGUUGGCUCUGUGCUGUUGCAUGCACGCACGACGAGCGGAGCCACGAUGCAGAUUGUGCUACAGGAGUGCCUCUACGUGCCCGAGGGCCAGGCCAACCUCAUCGCCCUCGGUCGUCUGACCAGGGACAGCAGCGGCAGGCCAACGGGCCACUCGCAGCGUGAUGGCGCUGAUGGGCACUACGUGCGCUUCAGCCACGGAGCCGAGGUCAAGCUGAAGGAGCGCAGCAGCCUCCGAUGCUGGCCCAUUGUUGCUGUUGGUCCAUCCACGGCACACGGUCUCACCGCCGAUGCCUGCAAGCAACCACAGCAACCCGCAGCAGCUCCUGCAGCCCAGAGCAAGGUGCAGACACCAUCGAUGCAUGAGGUGCUUGGCCACCGCAACGACAACGACGUGCAGCAGUACUGCAAGCUGAUGGGCAUCGACGAUCGCAACGCCAUCAGCAGCAAGCAGUGCGCAACGUGUGCAGUGACCAAGAGCACUCGUCACAGCGUCAGCAAGCACGCGGAGCGCACACAGGUGCCCGGCGAGCGCAUCCACGCCGACAUCGUCGACUGGACCGCGGACUCACCCACGGGCAAGCGCUACAGCCUCGUCAUCGUCGAUGAGGGCAGCAAGCUCCUGCAUGCAGUCCAUCUCAACGCCAAGAAGGACGCAGUUGCCGCGUUCCAGUCUUUCCUGCGCGAGACCAAGCUCCCCAUCUCGCCCACAACAACAGCACUCCAGACGGAUUCCGAUGCCAUCUUCCUCGGAGCUGACUUCCAGGCCAUCGUCAAGAAGCACCUGAAGCAGCACCAGCAGUCCCCGCCGUACACCCAGGCGCAGAACGGCAUCGUCGAGCGACAGGUGCGCACCCUCUCCGACAUGGUGCGAGCCAUGAUCACGGGUGCAGGCCUUGACGCAUCGUACUGGAGCCUCGCCUGCAACCACGCCCUCCACAUCCUCAACAACAUGCCUCGCCCUUCCCUCCACGGCAAGACACCGCUGCAGAUUGUCACGGGCUCGCUGCCCAAGCACGUGCCGCAGCUGCACAUCUUCGGGCAGCCGGCCGUCGUCCACAUCAGCACACAGCGCGGACGCCUGCAGCCCAAGGGUCGUCGAGGCAUCUACGUCGGCCACAACAGCAGCAGCAACAGCCACCUCGUCUACUUCGCAGACACAAACACCGUUGUGUCCUCCAUCCACGUCCGCUUCCUUCCCUUCUCCAAGGCCGAUGUCAUGGAUGAGGGGGAGGAGCAAGUGCAGACAUCCACGACAUCGUCCAUGCUCCAGCUUCCCAGUGCACGUGACAGCAGCAACAGCACCACUGACGGUGAGCCACCAACGGUUCACAUCGACGAGGACCAGGACGACGAUGUCGAGACAGACUUUCUGCUCACGGACUUCGACAACGACAGCAGCAGCGACAACAACGACGCCAACUACGACCCCGACACAACAGAUGCAAGCGACACCGAGGCAGGCGCGUUCACAGCAAGCAGCAGUGACGACACCAGCCUCACGGAGCCUGCAAGCAUCAAGCAGGCACUUAAGAGCCAGCAACGCAAGCAGUGGACUCAGGCGUGCUUGGAGGAGAUCGGAGCCAUGGAGCGCAACGGCGUCAUCAAGCUCAUCCCACGCAGCGCCGUGCCACGGCAGCACACGCCUCUCAAGUCACGCUUCGUCUUCAAGGUGAAGCGUGAUGCGGAAGGCACGCCGACGCGCUUCAAGGCACGCUGGGUCGCCAAGGGCUUCAGCCAGCGACCGGGCAUCGACUUCGACCAGACCUACGCCCCAACACCAGCAGCCAAGACCAUCCUCACUGUACUCGCCGUCUCCCUGCAACGACAGCACCAGCUGCACCAGCUUGACUUCAAGUCGGCUUACCUGCAGGCUGAUCUCAAGGAGGAGCUGUACAUGGAGCUGCCGCCGCACUUCACCGACAUCGGCGACGGCGCUCAACGCUACGCGGGCAAGGUGUGCCGGCUGCUCAAGCCGCUCUACGGUCUCAAGCAAGCUGGCCGUGCAUGGGCCAAGAAGCUGCACACCUUCCUCAAGACCAACGGAUGGGCGCAGAGCAACGUCGACGCUUGCCUCUUCACCAAGCUCCACGACGACGGACAGCGCACAUGGAUCAUCACGUACGUCGACGACCUCAUCAUCAGCGGCAGCAGCGAGCGCCACAUCCGUGCCUGCAAGCAGCAGAUCAAGGAGAGCUUCGAGGCAGAGGACCUGGGCCCGCUCACCUGGUACCUGGGCCUUCACCUGACGUCACCAGCUGACGGGGUGUUGCACAUUGCGCAGACACAGGCCAUCAACGACAUCGUCAACGACUACAACCUGGCAGCGGCAGCCAGCGUGUCCACGCCCAUGCGCGUUGGCAUCGACGCCUCCAGCAUCAGCGAGCAGCCCGACCGACGCCUGCCUUUCCGCAACCUCGUGGGCUCGCUCCUGUACCUGGCCAACCGCACGAGACCAGACGUCAGCUUCGCGUGCGGACUGCUCUGCCGUUACAUGGACCGUUACACGACGGUCCACUGGCAGGCAGCCAAGCACGUCGUGCGGUACCUGAAGGCGACGAGCGAGCACGGCCUCCUCUUCAAGCGACGCAGCGGCACGCGCAAGGACCAGCCGCUGGACCUUGUGUGCUACAGCGAUGCCAGCUUCGGCACCGACCAGCUGACGGGCCGCUCCACGACGGGCUUCACCUGCUACAUCAACGGCUGUCUUGUGUCUUGGAGCAGCCGGCUGCAACCCACGGGUGCGCUGAGCACCGCUGAGGCCGAGUACAUGGCCAUCUCCGCAGCAGCGCAGGACGUCGUCUUCCUGCGGCAGCUGCUCAUGGACCUCGACGAGCCCGAGGCUGGAGCCACCAAGAUGCUGACAGAUAACCAGGCGGCCAUCGCCAUCGGCAACGACCACGUCACCAAGCCGCGCACGAAGCACAUCCGGGUACGCCACCACUUCGUGCGGGAGCUCAUCGCCGACGGAACCAUUGUGCUGCAGCACUGUCCCGGCACGCAGAUGGUUGCCGACGCGCUGACCAAGGCACUGGACAAGCAGACCUUCGAGCAGCACCUGCCACGACUGGUGGGAACCUCGACGGCUGAGACGGAGCAGAGGAAGGCAGUUGAGGGGGAGUGUUGA